UCUUCUGGGCAUAGACGCCGAAUUAAAGACAGUGGAAAAAAACAUUUCAGCCUCUUUUUAAGCUUUCUUCCAAAUCCCGAGGAGAGCCUUAUGGCAUUAAACUGGGACUCUCCUCCUCUGCUGCAUCUUCCUCGUUGGGAGGGGGAAUUUGGAUUUUGCAUCUUGGAAGGCAUAAGGCCCCCAGUAUCUUUUGAGGAGAUAGCAGUGUUCUUCACGGAGGAGGAAUGGGCUCUGCUGGAUACCGCUCAAAGAGCUCUCUACUGGAAAGUAAUGUAUGAAAACUAUGUGUCUGCGGUUUCUGUGGGACUUUGGGUUCCUGGGCCGUUCCUCAGCUCUCAGCAGGAUCCAAGAGAAAUGUUCUUUCUCCACAACUGUGAGGAAUUGAGACAGUGUGCAGGUGUGCUCUUGUCAGUUGCUGUAGAAUCGUCUGUUCCCAAAGAUAAUUUCCACUCUUUUGUAGUGAAAGUGGAAGAGGAGCUUGCCCAGGACUCCAAGGAAGCCGAACUACCAGCAGUGAUAAAAGUUGAGGUUGCAAAUGAUGUUGAUGCAAGACCUAAUGGGAAUCUUCUUUCAGUUCCUGAUACAAGAGAUGCUUUCAAGAACAAGCGUAAGGCCAAAAAGCAAGCAAAAAUUUCAGUCACAAAGCGAGAAGCAAAAUACUCCACUCACAAAGCACUCUCGGAGAAAUGUGAAGACACUGUUUUGCACCUACCUGGCAAAACCAAACGACGGAACAGACUGACUUACCAACUACAGAAAAACUUCACAGGCAAAGCACCUUAUAAAUGUGAGGAAUGCGGGAAAAGUUUCUGUCAGAUGCCUUACCUCAAAAUCAUCAGCGAGCCACGCAGUGGAGAAUCUUGUGGAGUGUGCUGAAGUGGUAAAACCAUGUCUCGGCAUGCAGAUCUUGUCAAACAUCAGAGAACCCACACAGGGGAGAAGCCGUAUAUAUGUUCUCAGUGUGGAAGAAGUUUCUCUCAGUCAUCAAAUGUCAUUAGACACCUGAGAACUCAUACAGGAGAGAAACCUUACAAAUGUACAGAGUGUGGGAAAAGCUUUAGUCAGAAGUCACAUCUCCUUUCCCAUCACAGAAGUCACAGUGGAGAGAAACCUUACUUGUGUGUUAUGUGUGAGAAAAGAUUCACUGAAAAAGAAUCUCUCCGUCUUCACCAAAGAAUCCACACAGGAGAGAAACCUUUCAAGUGCUUGGAGUGUGGGAAGAAUUUUCGCCUUCUGUCCACCUUCAUUACCCACAGGAGAAUCCACACUGGAGAAAAGCCCUAUCAGUGUUAUGAAUGCGGAAAGAACUUUGCUCAUAAAUCAGCUCUUACUGUGCACCACAGAAUCCACACUGGGGAAAAGCCUUAUAGAUGUCCUGAAUGUGGUAAAUGCUUCAGUCAGAGUUCCUAUGUUUCGAUUCACAAGAAAAUACAUGGAAGAAGCACUUAAGUAGAACUCUAAAUGUUGACUCCAAUGUGCCCACUCCAUGGCUGAGAAUUCAGGAAGAAAACCGUUGCAAGGUUUCAGAGGGUGGACAAAGUCCUGCCAUGGAAGCAUUUUGGGAAACGUCUUAAGAGCCGAUGAGAAUCUUUCCUAAUGCAUAUUUAUGGAAACAGUAUUGAAAGAAACGUAAAUACUAAAAAAUGUGAAUAGUGGGGAUAAGUUCCAUUUGUAUACAUGCUUCAUUAGUGAUGUAAUUGUCUGUUGUAGGUAGCACUUAGCAGAAACCAGUAGUGAGGGCUGGACUAUUGAAUAAGCUAAUAUUUGGAUGGAGGGAUGGGCUUGAGCAGGUAAUUCAGCGUGUAAAUCUGGAUUUCAGAGCAUAGUUCCUCUUCUGUUCUUUGAAACUCAUCUUUGUGGAACCCAAGCACUUUGGCAUAUCUACAACCUUAAAAGGUUUAAUGGUCUUUACUCCAGGGGACCUUAACAGAUGUAGUGCUGGAAAAUAAGGCUCUCUCACAGAAAAUUCUUGGCACUCUUACUCAGUUCCAAUACCCAUAAUUCUUUGAGGCAAUCAUGGCAAGUAAACUGGUGUAGAAUCUCUAUAACAUUGUCGAAGGCUUUCACCGCUGCAGUCAACUGGCUGUUGUGGGUUUUUCAGAGUGUGUGGCCAAGGUCUGGUAGUUUUUGCUCCUAACUUUUCACUCACACCUAUUGCUGGCAUCUUCAGAUGCACAUCAUGGUGAGAUGUGUUUCUCUUCAAACACAACUCCAACACAAUCACUCCACGUUGUGCCAUGGAGUGAAAGACAUCUUAUUGUAACAUGACACUGAAGAUGCCAAUCAUAGAUGCAGGCAAAACAUUGGAAGCAAAGAUUACCAGACCAUGACCGCACAGCCUGGAAAACAACCAGUCUGUUUAACUGGUUGUGGUGGGUUUUCCGGGCUGUUUAACGUUUGUAGUAUACAUCUUUAGUGAAUUAGAAAUGCUAUCCUCUGGGUGAAAUGAACAAAUGUUCAUGAAAUGUUCGGCUUUCUUCCUUGCCUGUCAUGGGGCAGCUUGCUGACAUUUUCUCCUUGUCUGAAGUGUCAGUAUGCUGAACUGUGUCUCUAGAAGACCUCUCAACCUGGAAUAAAUACAGCUAAAUAAAUAUGGCUAUUUAUUUAGCCGUAUUUAUCCAGAAUAGCUUUCUGCCAUUUAAACCUGAGGAUCUAUUUUGUUUCAGGUAGCCACUUGAAGUUAAUUAUCCAUGCAGGGAAAAAGUAAGUUUGCUGCUCAGCCAUUCUGCGUACACUUGCUGGAAAGUAUGUCCUGUUGAAAGAAGUCGCAUAAUUGCUGAGUAAGUAUAUGGGCAGGAUCAGGCUUUGCGGGCACAGUGCUGAGUGUAGGAAUUUAGUUAUUGGUUAUAUCAUGCCCCCUAAAAUAUUUUACUAGAGUUCAAGUUGAUGGGCCUUAAUGCAGUUUACUGUUGAGUUCUGGUCUGGUGUAACGUCUUGUGUUCUGGACUUAUCGUUCAUUGCUGCUGUUAUUAAAACCUUCUUCCCCCCCUUACAA